AUGCGCUGGAUGCUGAGCUGGGUGGCUGGUCCUGAAGGCUACUACAAUUCCAACCCGGGCCACGCAGUCCUUAGCCACGACGCUUCGGUUGGCUUUAUGGGCCUGCCCUCGGGCAACAAACAAAGAGGACUCCACUACCAUCAAGUGACGGAGAUCUAUGUUAUCCUGAAGGGCGAGGUGUUGGGAUGGGAUGGAUAUGGUGAAAGUCAUAAAGCAGGGCCCUUCGACUGCAUAUACAUCCCGGCCACGGUUCCCCACAGCGUUCGAGCGUAUGGAGAUGAAGACGUGGAGCUGAUAUGGGUGCAUGAUGCGAUCGAGAAAAAGGGCACCUCUGUUUACUGGGAUUCGGCCAUGCCGAAUCCCCAGGAUGAGUCGCAACGCAAGAUCCAGGUGGUGCCUUUCAAAGACCUCGAACCUCGGUGGAAUCAACUGGUCGGACAGCAAUAUUGGGAGAUCACCUACGUCGCGCCCACGCAGGAGACUGCAAGUCCCGAGCCGCAAUUGAAGAUCCAGAAUGACACUGUGGCACUGGGGCUGCUGGUGAUUCCCCCGGCCCAAAAGUAUGUGGUACAAGGCAGCAGCCGCAGUGAGCUGAACGUGGUUAUCCGGGGCAAAGCAGUCACCAAUAUUGGAGGAAACCAGGAGCUUAACACCAUGGAUGCCAUCUACGUCCCAGCGGGCCAAACAGGCACCUUGCGCAACCAUGGUAGCGAGGUGACUUAUGUCGUCAGGGUCCAGGAAAAGUCUCAUUAG